AUGUCUGGAGGAAGCGGUAGCAAUAGAAAUGAGUGCAGAAUAUACGUAGGAAAUCUACCGCCGGACAUAAGAACAAAGGACAUCCAAGAUCUGUUCUAUAAGUUCGGCAAAGUUACAUUUGUUGAUUUGAAAAAUAGAAAAGGCCCUCCGUUUGCAUUCGUCGAAUUUGAAGAUCCUAGAGAUGCAGAUGAUGCUGUGCGUGCACGCGACGGUUACGAUUACGACGGGUAUCGUCUACGUGUGGAGUUCCCAAGAGGAGGUGGUGGUGGAGGUGCAAGGGGUGGACGAGGAGGGGGCGACCGUUUUGGAUCCAGACCCAAUGCCAGGGGCCCACCUGCAAGACGCUCUGAAUACAGGGUGCUUGUUACAGGAUUACCGCCCUCUGGAUCUUGGCAGGAUCUUAAAGAUCACAUGCGCGAAGCGGGCGAUGUCUGCUUUGCAGAUGCUUUCAAAGAUGGCACUGGUGUGGUAGAGUUCCUCCGUCAUGAAGACAUGAAAUAUGCAGUGAAGAAACUUGACGACUCUCGAUUUAGAAGUCACGAGGGUGAAGUAUCUUAUAUUCGAGUUAAGGAAGACUAUGGCGGCGGUGGUGGUGACAGAUACAGCGGGGAUCGUGAUAGAGGUGCGUCGGGCAGGUCCAGGUCGUACUCGCCGCGGCGCCGCGGCUCGCCGACCUACUCGCCGGUGCGCCGCAGCUACAGCCGCAGCCGCAGCCGCGACCACAACUACUGA